UUCCGGCGGAAGUCAGUAACAGGAAGCACCGCGUCUCCGUGUUUGUCUGCGGAAUGAGCGGCUCGGUGACGGUCAGAGUACUGCGGAGGCUGCAGGGGCUCCGGACCGGUCCUGUCAGGGGACCGGCGGGGCUCCGGGCCGUACCGGGCCGGUUCCUGUCCAGCGGCGGCGCCAUGAACGUGUUCAACCGUGACAUGAAGAAGAGACAGAAGCAGCGGGUCGCGGCCCUGAAGGACGGACACCAGUACGACUACCUGAGGAACGAGGUCGGCAGUCGAGUGGCGGAUCGAGUUUACGACAUUGCCAGGACAUUUCCGUUGGCGUUGGACAUCGGAGGUGGAAAAAGUCACAUCGCAGAACAUUUAAACAAGGACGUGGUCCAGAGUUUGGUUCUAACUGACGUCUCCCAGCAGAAUCUGAAACAGUGUCGACAGACUGAGAUCCCGACUCGGUGUAUCGUGGUUGACGAGGAGUUUCUGCCGUUUAAGGAAAACACCUUUGACCUGGUGCUGAGCAGCCUCAGCCUUCACUGGAUCAACGACCUGCCCGGAGCUAUCAGACAGAUCCAACAGGUGCUGAAGCCGGAUGGCGUGUUCAUCGGGGCGAUGGUGGGCGGAGAGACGCUGUACGAGCUCAGAUGUUCCCUCCAGCUGGCCGAGAGCGAGAGAGAAGGAGGAUUCUCUGCUCACAUUUCACCGUUCACCGCUGUCACCGACCUGGGAAACCUGCUGGGAGGAGCUGGAUUCAGCAUGCUGACCGUGGAUGUCGAUGAGGUUCAGGUUCACUAUCCAGGAAUGAUGGAAGUCAUGACUGAUCUCCAAGGGAUGGGAGAGAGUAACUGUGCCUGGAACAGAAGGUCGCUGCUGCACAGAGACACCAUGUUAGCUGCUGCUGCUGUUUAUAGAGAGAUGUACGGGAACCAGGACGGCUCAGUUCCUGCCACCUUCGAGAUCCUCUACAUGAUUGGCUGGAAGCCUCACGAGUCUCAGGCCAAACCAGCGAAGCGAGGCUCAGCCACGGCGUCAUUUGGAGAUUUAUCGAAGAUCAGCCGACCGACCAAUGCAGGCCGGUCAUAGAGCCACGCUGUACAAAGGACAUUUAUUCAAUCCUGUUUCAAAGCAGGAAGCUGGAAUCAUCGACUGUUAGACUGAAAGAUUAAAACUCUUUCACCCAGGAAAUGAGACUGAAAACUGAUUACACGAGGACCUUUAUGGAGACAGUUAUUCAAGAUGAGUUAAAAAUUGCCCCAGUUGACUCCAAAUUUUAGGAUCUCCAUCGUGGAGGUCGGAACAAAUCCGACAUCAUGAAGCAACUUUUCCUCUCUACUCUGCUCCUCGGCUGUAGAUGUUUCACCAUGCUGGAUGGAUCUCCAACAAUGAGCUCUGUUCACUGUUUUUGAGCCAUGCUGUGUUUAUUUUAUUGGUUUUCCUCUCAGUCUCUCUGGGGAAACACUGCCUGCAGUUCAGCCUGAAAACUCCAGAUAUUUUCCACUUUAUUUAUUUAUCUAUAUAUCAAUCUGUCAAUAAAUCAAUCAGAAUUUGGUGCGAAUUGUGUGUUUUUGCAGACUUUACACAUGAGACAAGUGAUUUUGGUCACAGCCGAGUCGGCCCUGGAGAAUCAGAACCAUAAGGAAGAAGGUUAUUAUCAUUAUUGAAUACAUUUGAGCCAUUUUGAAUAAUAGUUAAAAAGUUUUUUUUUUAUAUUGGAUACUUUUUUUGUCAAUGUAGACACUUUUUGAGUCGUUUUGGACAAGUUACAAGAAAUUUGGGUUGUUUAUAAUAAUAUUAACCUGGCUAAUAAAUAAAACAGUGAAGCUGCUGC